CUGCUGUGUUUACAGGACUUUGCUCACUCAGGACAGUGGCUGGUAGCCAGGGUGGUGCAUGCACGGGGCUAUGCUGGCCUUCAUAGCAAGGAGUAUGGCAAAGCCAUCUGGCUGGCUGAAGCCGGUGGCCUUGGGGAAGCUCACAGGCAGAUACUUAGCCCACCAGGAGGGACUGCCGCGUCUGCCGGUGCCGCCCCUUCAGCAGACCCUGGAUCGCUACCUGUUGGCUCUGCAGCCCAUCAUCAGCGAGGAGGAAUGGACCCACACCAAGGGGCUGGUGGAUGAGUUCCGGAAAUCAGGCGGCGUUGGGGAAAGGCUGCAGAAGGGCCUGGAGAGGAGAGCCAGGAAAACUGAGAACUGGCUCUCUGACUGGUGGCUGAAGACGGCUUACCUUGAAUACCGCCUGCCGGUUGUGGUUCACUCCAGCCCUGGCGUGGUUUUACCUAAACAGGAUUUUCUGGAUCAGCAAGGCCAGCUCAGGUUUGCUGCCAAGCUGAUCGAGGGCAUCCUGGAUUUCAAGACCAUGAUUGACAAUGAGAACCUGCCAGUGGAAUACCUGGGUGGGAAACCUCUUUGCAUGAACCAGUACUACCAGAUCCUCUCGUCCUGUCGCAUCCCAGGCCCGAAGCACGACUCCGUUGUGAACUACGCCAAAGGAAAAAAGCCACCCUCGCACAUCACUGUGGUUCACAACUUCCAGUUCUUUGAGCUGGAUGUUUACAGCAGCGAUGGGAGCCCCCUCACCACCGAUCAGAUCUUCAUCCAGCUGGAGAAGAUCUGGAACACCUCCCUCCAAACAAACAAGGAGCCAAUUGGGAUCCUCACCACCAACCACCGAAACAGCUGGGCCAAGGCCUACAGCCACCUCAUCAAAGACAAAACCAACAAGGAGUCAGUGCGUUCAAUCGAGAAGAGCAUUUUCACCGUCUGCCUGGAUUCACCCAUUCCUCGGGUGUCUGACGACAUCUACAAGAGCCGGGUGGCAGCUCAGAUGCUGCACGGUGGAGGCAGUCGCUGGAACAGUGGGAACCGAUGGUUUGACAAAACCCUUCAGUUUAUCGUUGCUGAGGACGGCUCCUGUGGCCUGGUGUAUGAGCACGCUCCCUCGGAGGGCCCGCCCAUCGUUGCCCUUCUGGAUCACAUCGUGGAGUACACGAAGAAACCACAGCUGGUGAGAUCACCCAUGAUUCCUCUGCCAAUGCCCAAGAAGCUGCGGUUUAACAUCACCCCAGAAAUCAAGAAUGACAUAGAGAAGGCGAAGCAGAACCUCAACAUAAUGGUGCAAGAUCUGGACAUCAAGGUGAUGGUCUUUCACCAUUUUGGGAAAAACUUCCCCAAGUUGGAGAAGAUAAGUCCAGAUGCGUUUAUUCAGAUGGCCCUGCAGCUGGCUUAUUAUAGGAUGUAUGGCCAGGUCUGUGCUACAUAUGAGAGUGCCUCACUGAGGAUGUUCCGCCUGGGUCGGACAGACACCAUCCGCUCUGCCUCCGUGGACUCUCUGAAGUUUGUGCAGGCAAUGGACAACCCUAGCAAGCAGAACCAGGAGAAGGUGGAACUGCUGAGGAGAGCUACGCAGGCACACAGAGCUUACACAGAUAUGGCAAUAAAGGGGAAUGCAAUAGACCGUCAUCUGCUAGGCAUGAAGCUUCAAGCCAUUGAGGAUCUAGUGAGCAUGCCGGAACUGUUCAUGGAUACAGCCUAUGCCGUUGCCAUGCACUUCAACCUCUCAACCAGCCAGGUCCCAGCAAAGACAGAUUGUGUGAUGUGCUUUGGUCCAGUGGUUCCAGAUGGCUAUGGAGUCUGCUAUAACCCCAUGGAUGACCACAUCAACUUUGCAAUGUCGGCGUACAACAGCUGUGCCGAAACCAAUGCAGCCCGCCUGGCACAUUACCUGGAGAAGGCGCUACUGGACAUGCGUCUCCUGCUCCAAUCCACUCCCAAAUCAAAAUUGUAAGAAAUGAACCUGCUUCACAGCUCCUAAGCUUUAGGAGCUGUCCCAUGUGCACAAGAAGCUCCCAGCUCUCCAAAAACUGGGCAACAGGAGAUGGGCUCAUGGCACACAUCUCUCUG